AGUAAGAAGAAGAAGAAGAGAACCAUCGAAAACGUCACAGUGUAGUGUCAAAAGUCCAAAUGUGCCCAAAACGAACAUGUUAAAACCAAUAAAAUCCCUUCUGAUGUAUCUGCAGAAUACAUCGGGAGUAUUUGGGACAAGUAUGGACGAAAGUGAGGAUGAGACGCCCAUUGAGACGGAAAAAGUGAUCUCGUACGAUGCAGAAUGCGAGGAUCCCCUAUCAGAUCCCCUUGCCCUGGAUGAGAGUAGUCAAAAUGCCAGUGGGAGUACUGUGGAGGAGUGCAGCACAUUGACCACGACGCUGGAGGAGGAGAUUGUCACGGAGGAGCAAACGGAAGCCCAGGAGGAGGGUAAUAUUCUCUUUGUAGACAUCGAUGUGAUCCGGAAAGCAGGUAGUGUGGAGGAGACCACGAGUGUUGUGGUAGAGCAGGAGAAGAGCACGGCCCGAGCACACGGGGAGGAUACGGAAGAUGGUGAGGCACGGAGUGAAGGGUCAGAUUCGGGAUUGGGCUUGGAAUCAUCAUCGGCAACGGGUGUGCCACCAGCUGUGCGACCACAGAGGAGUGCGAUUAAGAGGAGAUCCUCAGUGACUACAGAUGAGCCAAAGCGCUGCCGACGGAGCAUUCACUUUGAGAAUGUGACCGUGUACUAUUUCCCCCGGACACAGGGAUUCACGUGUGUCCCCUCACAGGGUGGCUGUACGCUGGGGAUGAGCUGUAGCCAUACGGAUGUUGUGUCUUUCUCCCUCACUGAGGCCGCAGAGCAGCGACGGAUGCAGCGUCAGCAGCGACUGCAGGAGCUGAACCCACGUCAAUCGUCCAGCGAUGAUACGGACAGUGAGGAUGAAGUGAGUGAGAAUAGUGCAUCGGAACUGGAUACGGAGUCCAAUGGGUUCCUGCAGCCAGUGACGACGAAGCAGCGUCGGGCAUUGCUCAAGGCGGCCGGCGUGAGGAAGAUUGAGACGAGCGAAAAGGAGGAGUGUCGGUACAUUCGCUCCUCGCGGGAGUUGUGUGGCUGCAGCUGCCGCGGUUACUGUGAUCCCGAUACGUGCUCAUGCAGCCAAUCGGGGAUAAAGUGUCAAGUGGAUAGGCCCAACUUUCCGUGCGGCUGCACGCACGACGGAUGCGCCAAUUCGCACGGACGCAUCGAAUUCAAUCCCAGCCGUGUGCGCACUCAUUUUAUUCACACAAUUAUGAGGCUGGAAUUGGAACGGAAGGAGAUGGUGAGCCAGGAAGAGACACCAGUGUACAUGGGUUCCUUGGAAUGGAUGCCACAGGUUCGGUUGUCACGCAUGGAGGCGUUAACGGAUGAAAAUCCCAGUGUUGGUGCUACUCACACCACAGAGACUGAUGCCCUUGGGGAUGAGCAACAGUACUCCCUGGCACCACUCUUGCCAUCCCCGGUGCCGUUGGCUGAAUCACUGGAUCUGCAGUAUGCCGCCUUCCGGGAUAGCAUUGGGGACUACCCGGAGGAGCAGCAGCUCUACAAUCUCGACAGGACACCUGCACACAGAGUCCCCAUGCCAUGCUACACCCCCAAUUAUCUGCCUGAACCAGAGUACCCACCUGCAGCACCCCUCGCACUCACGGAUAUGUACGAGGAGCGCUACCACGAUGCGUCGGAGAGUACGGAGAAAGAUCUCGGGCAAUACUCAGACUUCACCAAUACCUCCAAUCACCAAAUACCCGCCUAUCACGAUGCCCAUUUGCAUCCACCAAACACCUUUCCUCCGCAUCUACCCGAACAGCCGCAUACCACCCCCUGUGCCGAACCUGCCAUUUGCACCACAUCUGAGAAUCUCUACAGUGGCAAUCCCCCACCAGCUGAUGCCACUUCAUCCCACGUGAAUGACCUCCCAAUUUCAUCGCUCCCGUAUGACGUGUAGGCGCGUGAAAACACAUCUCCAGAGGCUGAUGAUCUCUCAACGACCAAUCAUCCUCCAUAAAAAAAAAGAAAAGGUGAACAUUUUUUAUUUGUUGUUAAAUUGUUGACCCUCUAUCACAAAUUUUAGUUAAUUUCCCCUUUUUAGAGAAAAAAAAUCUUUUGUACGUUCUGUCGUGCAAAUAGAUUUGAUAGUAGGAAAAAAUUAAAAGUAAAAGUUUUGGGCUUUAAGUAAUACAUUUUCUGUUGGAAAAAUUGCAAUCAAGAGGUGGAUUUACAAUGAAUUUUUGUCUCUUCUCAUUUACAUAAAACUAAUAAAGCUUUAUAUGGACUUACUAGACUAAUAAAACACGAGAAAACUUUACAAAUAUUGGAAGAAAAGGAAAAUUCUUCAUGAUUUUUGAAAAAUCUCGAAGAAAAAAGUUGAAUUUUUCAAAAUUAUUCAUGCAAAAUUGCUUGAAAAAAGGAAGUAGAGAUGUUGAAAAUAAAAAGCUGAGAAGGACAAACAAUUUUAUCCCCUCUUGAAGGAUAUUUUUUCUCACAAAAAACAACCUAAUCACCACAUGAAAAGAAAAUUCAGAUUUGUAAAUAUAUCUAAUUAAAAUUAAAAAAGAAAAAUCACAAUAAAUUGUUCAUAAAUAGAAUUUUGUAAAAGUAUAUCUGAGAAAGACAGAAUAUCUCUGAAA